AUGACGCUGGAAGACUUUGAGAAAUCCCUGGCGCAAGACCAGGACCGACGCAGGGAGAGGAGCGACAGAGAACGACGUCACCGCGACCGCGAUCGCAGCAGAGAACGCUCAAAGCACCACCGCUCUAGCCACCAUCAUCGACGACAUGCGUCCAGGUCCCGCGACCGCGAAAGCGGACGGAGUCCCGAGUCGCGACGCCGAGAUGGCGAUGGCCACCGGCACAAGCGCUCGCGUUACUCGCCUGACCACGGGGACGACCGCGAUCGCGACCAUAAGCGUCGACACAAGAACUCUGACAGGGAUGAUGAAAGGCCCUCCGCGUCCACAUCGGCUACACAAGAUGAACCCAGCCAACUAAAGCGAGACUCCUGGAUGGAAGCACCCUCAGCCCUCGAUAUCGAUUACGUUCAUCGACCGAAUCCUAAACGCUUAGAAGAAUCCGCAAAACCCAAGAUGCUUUCUGCCGACUACGAGCUCAAGAUACAUGACAAGGAGCUGAACGACCAUCUCCGUGAUCUCAAGGAAGGAAAAGCACUGGAAGACAUUAAUGAGGAGCCGGCACAGCAUGAGGUAGAUUACACUUUUGGGGAUUCGGGGUCCCAGUGGCGCAUGACCAAACUUAAGGGCGUCUACAGGGAGGCUGAGUCCAGCGGCAGAGCUGUUGAAGAUAUUGCCGUGGAGCGAUUUGGAGACUUGCGAUUCUUUGACGAUGCUCGCGAAGAGGAGACCGAACUAGACCGGCGCAAGAUGUAUGGCGAGUCCUAUGUGGGCAAAGACAAACCAAGCGGAGAGUUGUUCCAGGAGCGAAAACUUCAGAACAAAGCUCACCGGGGCUCGCAUGAGCAUGCUCGUGACCCGGCAGAGGAGCUUAAGGCAGAUGGUCAGGGCAAGACGAUGCAGACAGAGCCUCCGUCAAACACCACUCAACCGCUAGAUCUCACUGCAUUGAAUCGUUUGAAAGCUCAAAUGAUGAAAGCCAAGCUCAGGAAGGCGCCGGAUGCGGCUGAGCUGGAGGAACAAUACAAUGCUGCGGCAGCUGCCAUGGCCAACCGUAAGGAGUCGGACGUUGUGGUCCUCGGUGUUAAGGAUAAUCGGAUGCUCGCCGGUGCUAGAAACGAAGUCAAGGCGGUUGACACCAAGCGUGGUCGAGAAAGAGGCCAAGUCGAAGCAAACGAAGAUAUGACUAUUGAAGAUAUGGUCCGGGAGGAACGCAAGACCCGAGGUCAAGCUGGGGGAGAAGGCUCGCGUUUGGCAGAUCGUAUUUCGCGCGACUCCAAGUUUGUGAAUGAUCUGGAGUAUAUGGACGACAAUGCUUCAAAAUUGGCAAAGAGAGUGCACAAAUCUGAAAUUGACCUGAAAAAUACGACAAUCAACGAAUUCCGAAAAAUGAACCGGAUCCUGGAUAACUGUGCCCUCUGCCACCGCGAGGAUACCAACACACCGCCCAUUGCGCCUGUCGUUUCCCUCGCGACUAGAGUCUACCUCACACUUCCUACUGAACCUGAAGUCAGUGAAGGAGGAGCCACCAUUGUCCCCAUUCAGCACCGGACGAACCUCGUGGAAUGUGAUGACGAUGAGUGGGAAGAAAUUCGAAACUUUAUGAAGAGUCUGACACGCAUGUAUCAUGACCAAGGUCGAGAUGUGAUCUUCUACGAGAAUGCCGCUCAUCCCCAACGAAAGCGACAUGCUUCCAUGGAGGCGGUUCCCUUGCCAUACAGUCUCGGUGAAACCUCGCCCGCAUUCUUCAAGGAGGCUUUCCUUAGUACCGAGUCUGAGUGGUCUCAACACCGCAAGCUCAUCGACACUCUGGCGAAGUCUAAGCAAGGCCUGGGCCGAUCCGCAUUCCGCCGAACCCUGGUGAAAGAAAUGCCCUACUUCCAUGUGUGGUUUGAGCUUGAUGGUGGUUUGGGUCAUAUUGUGGAAGAUGAGAACCUUUGGCCUCGCGGGGAUCUGUUUGCUCGAGAAAUCAUCGGAGGCAUGCUGGACGUUGCCCCCGACGUGAUCAAGCGACAGGGUCGCUGGCAGCGAGGCAGUGACCGACGAAUGGAUGGAUUCAAAAAACGGUGGAGGAAGUUUGACUGGACUCGUAUUCUCGUAGAGGGAUGA